GGCCUAGUCUUCCAAGUUCCAGCCUUGAAAAUUGAGAGAAGGGCUGGGGGACGGGAAGGGAAAGAAGGUAGGAAGGAUGGAAGCAUCUUCCUCCACUCCUGAUCUCUUUUGCAUUCUUUGAUGAUGCAAAAACAGCAGCUGGUUUAAGUGAGGUGGUUCUUACUUCUUCUCCAAUCUCUUUUCCGAUAGCUUAAUACAGCUUAUCCGUCUAGAGAAUAACCCCUCCCCCUCCAUUCUCCUCCCUUGUCCCUCCAAACCCUAACAUUUUUUUUUUUCAAAAUAUCCCUCUAUCUAAUCUCCUUUGUUGUUGUCAUCAAUCUCUGUAACUAUUUCUAUUUCGCAUCUUCCAAUUCACCGCCCCACGUUAGCCCUCAUUGGUUAAAGUGAUCUGAUUGGUUGACCUUUACGUGUAUUAUAGAAAAAGCCUUUUUAUUUUCGUUUUCUUAACCUUGACUUUUUCUCUAUUAUUUUCUUUUUUUUUCGGAUGAAUACCGAUCUGGGUUCGAGUCGCUUUGAUGUUAUUCGGAGACUAUGAUGAUUUCGGAUCCAAAUCUGGUAUAUUACGCUUGCGUUGCAAAAGGCACCACAAUCCUUGCUGAGUUCAAUUCAAAGGAUGCUGAUCUUGGUUCCUUAGCGAUCAAAUGCCUUGAAAAAACGCCACCUUUGCAUUCUGUUUUCACCCAUACGGUCCGCAACAGGACCUACACAUUCUUUAUUGAAGAUCCUUUUGCUUAUUUUGCCAUAUUUGAUGAAAAUCUUGAGAACUCCGAAGGGUUGGCUUUUCUGAAGAGUGUCAAGGACGCCUUCAAUGAGGUUGCUGGAAGCAGUUCUGCUAAGAAAAGAUUGCAGAAGUUGUCUUCUCACUGUUUUCAGGGCGAAUUUAGCCCUGUUUUUCAUCAUCUGUUGACCGCAGAUGCAGAUAUGGGGGGGAUCCAUUCUCCUAAUUCAGGGUUGAAACUUAGUCUUGGCUGGAACGGAAGCAUGGAUUCCUCCAGAGGAGGGCCCGUUGGGAGGCCGUUGUUGGGCACUGCCAAGAGCUUGAUGAAGAAAAAGAAGAAGUUUUGGUUAGGUGAUUGUAUGGGUGGCUCUGCUGCAAAUGCCAAAGAUGCCUCUCCGGAUGAGGGGGCAGCAGCUGGAUUGAGCAGGGAGUUUACAGUGGUGAUGCACAAGAAUGGACUGCAUUCUGGGGAAUUGGGACAACAGAAGGCUAAGGUAGUCUGGAAAAAGCAUGUUUGGGUGGUGUUGUCAAUGGACUUGAUCAUUUGUACUAUCUUGUUUGUUGUAUGGUUGUGCAUUUGUGGGGGUUUCAAAUGCGUUGAUGCGUGAAAAUGGAAUCUUCAUUUGGAAGCAAUCCUGAUUAUGAAUUGGAUGUUUUUUCAUCUAUAUUGAUGUUCCCAUCUGUCUUGAUUGCUUUACUACGAAGUGGACGAAGGAAUUUGGGCUUCAAUAAAAGCGGAUCAAGGAACUUUUUAGCCGAGAUGUUUGGCAGACUAUUUUGGCAGAGUCAGCUGUAAUUAUAAUCUCUGUCUCUUGUUGCUGUGGUUCAAAUGUUCAAGCUCAAGCUCAAGCUGAAAUACCAAACAUUUGAUUUGAUGGAAUCAAGAGAAAAGAUAGGAAUAGGAGGAAUCGGGUAUUUGUGUUCGGAUUAAUGCUGAUGGUGGAAAAGGGUAGGAGAUGGAGGAAAGGUGCUUAACAAUUAGUAGUAGUUUCUGUUCUCUUCUUUCCUUAUAAUCUGCUUUCCAACAAUAUGUAUUGGCUUUCCUUUGUUUCGUUCCAUAUCAAAUCCAAAAGUGAGUUGAUAGUCAUUUUUCUCAAAA